UUUGAUGAAUUCGAGAGAGUCCAAUGUGAACUUAACAUGAUUACUUAUGCUACCUAUGUAUUGAUAUAUGUGUCGGUGUUUCACUGCACUGUCGCUGAAGGUCGUGACGCCGUUGCGUUUUCGAGUUUUCAUCUUUGGGAAAUGAAUGAAUAUUGAUGCUCGAUAGCCUUGUAGUGCCUAAUAAGUCCAACGAUGCCUUGAAAAAUGAUGCGAACAAUAGAGAUUCAAUUUUUUGCGACUACUACUCGAAUCGUCAAGAAAGCUUUUCCAAUCGCAGGUUGAGGGAUUUUUCCAAUAUUUCGGAAACUUUGAGGUUUGUAGAGCAUUUGGAUUUAUCUCGAAACUUCAUCACAAAUAUUCCGAGUGGAAUCGAACAAUAUAGAUUGCUUACAACUUUGGAUUUAAGUUUCAACAAAAUUUUUUCUGUCCCGAAUUCGCUAUGCAAACUACCGAGCCUUCGAAUUUUGUUAAUGUCUAACAACUAUUUGUCUUCUCUUCCUGCGAAUAUUUGUGAACUUCAAAACUUGCAAGAGCUGGAUUUGUCAUUCAACAGGUUUAAACACUUUCCUUCUUCGAUUUGCUCACUUCACAGUUUAAAAGUUUUACUAUUAGGAUGUAACCUGAUUGAAACACUUCCAGAAGACAUAGUUGGUCUUCGUUGUUUGAAGAUUUUGGACUUGCAUUCAAACGGAGUAAAGCAACUACCUUUGAGCAUUAGAUUUAUGUGGUGUUUAGAGAGGUUAUCUCUAGAGGAAAAUCCCCUAUCCCCUCCCCUUUUAACUAUUGUUGCUCGUGGGAUCCCAUACAUAUUUGCAUUUUUAAAUCAACAAGCUUUAUGCAAUUCUAAUAAUACAAGUUGCGAAAAAUUUCAUGAUUCGUUAACUCAAUCGUCUUCUGCUCAGGUAACAAAUACUUCAAAUCAACAGAAUAUGAUGAAACUUUCUGAAAGUCAGGAUGUGAAUUCAAACUCUUCUAGUCCAUGUUUUGAGAGAACCGAGGUAAAUACGGAUUCUGACCAAAGAUACAUAUCGAAAUCUGAAAUUACAAAUCCUUCGUUGACAAUUCAAAACUUUACUUAUUCAACAACAAAUAACAAGAAUGAACAAUUUGAUAAACCAAAUACUAAACUACACUCAAAUGACUAUAAUUGUAUUGAGAAUUUUAGUCAUAAUGUAUCAACACAAUCUUGUAUAAAUGAAACAUUGAAAUCUGGAUCGUCAUUUAGUUCUUUAUCAACUGAUGAUAAUGAAUCACUAACAAUGAAUAUGUAUUCUUCUGCUUAUGAGAAUGUUAUUCUUGAUAAGAAUGAAAAUGAAGUUUUCUAUUUACCAUCAAAUAUUUCACAACAAUUGACACAAACUAUUAAUAACUCCCAAGUUGCGCAACCUAUCUCUCCCGGCAAUGACAAUACAAAGAAGGCAAUAGUAUCAACGGUUCUGAAUGGGAAUGAUUCAGCAGUAGAGUCUUCAGUAGUACAAACAGUUAGCAGUUAUAUCAUUAGAAAUGAAACACCAUGUAAUGUUUGUGAACCAACUAAAAAUGGUCAGAUUAAAGAUUGUCCAACAAAUCAUUCUUCUUUUAAAUACGAUCGACGUGAUAAAGGUGGUCCCAUUUCUAGCCAUACUCGGUUACGUUAUUCUAAACGUCAACAGAUAGAACAUGAUAGAAAUGUUCAUAGUAGUUCUGGUUAUAUAACACCAGAUUCAUAUUUAUCAGAAAAUUGUAAUAGAUCUCAAACAAAUGGAUAUCAUAGUCAAAAUUUCAAUCAAUACCAUAGUGAUAAAAAGUUGAUUAAUCAAAGAAAUCAUACACAACUAUUAUAUCAUCCUCAUAAAAAUAGUUUAUAUAAUGAAGAUAUAUCUAAUAAAAUAACACAUGUUGGUGUUGCUUUGUGUAUGCCUUCAGAAUGUACUUUAAAAUUACCUAAAAACUUUCAAACUUCACAUAAUUAUCAACCACAAACAAAUACACAUUGUCAAGAUUCAAGUAUAACAUUUUCUACUGAUUAUUUAAGUGAAGAUGUCAGUAGAAAAAGUGAAAUUCGGAAUAUAGAUACAUUGAAGUAUAUGAAAAUGAAUUCACAUAAGGAUACUGUUAAAUGGGAGGAAUUAAAUUCUGAUGAUUUAAUAAGAAUUAAUCAAUUAAGAACAAUAAUCGAUAAAGAAUUAAAUAUUCGUCUACCAAUUAAUCCAAAACACUUAAUUAUUGAAUUGAGUACUGGUGUUAUUUUAAUUCAGUUACUGAAUAAAUUUAUCGGGACAACAUCAACUAUCAAACUUUUAACCGCUAAACAGACUUCGAUAGUUUAAUCUGAGUUAUUACAUGUAUUGCAAUAUAGUAGUGGGGUAUAUGGACAAAUCUAUACAUCAACAGAAAAUAAAGUAAGACUUCUUAGUAUCUAGACGUUCCAGAAGCUGGCUGUUAUAUGGUAAAAUCAGUUAAUUACUAAGGAAAUGCAUUCAUAUAGCUAUCAAAUUGAUGAACUAUGCUUUAACCCUGCUUCAAAUUUUAUAUAUUUACUUUUAUAUUACUUAUUUGUCUACCUAGAAAUAAUCAGCACCAUAAUAUGUUAAAUGAAGUAGUCAAAUCUUAUCGUCGAAAUUUAAGACGUUGUCGUGAAUCAAUAUAUCGUUAUGGUGUACCUAAAGAAUAUCUAUUUUCCACUGAAUCCAUUGUAAAUCCUCAAAGUGCUGAUGGUUUAUUAUCGUUGGCUAAUUCCAUUUCUAUUUUAUACAAUUUACAUAAUAAUAAUAAUAAUAAUAAUAAUAAUAAUAAUAAUAAUAAUAAUAAUAAUAAUAAUAAUAAUAAUACAAAAUCUCCCAUAAAUGCUUCUUCAUCUAAUCAAAUUCAAAAAGAUUUUGAUAUAAACAUAGAAAAUCAAUAUAGUACCAAAUGUGCACAAAAUCAAUUCACAUCCUCCCCUAUACAGCAACAAUAUUUACAAAAAAAUCAAUAUAAUAAUAAUAAUAAUAAAACAGUCAAUCAUCAUAGAAUAUAUCAAAUGAAUAUUUGGUCAAAUUAUUUAUGGUCAGAUGUGUAAUAUAAAUCAAUCAAUCAAUAAAAUGCAAUCAUAUUAUUUCCCUUUCUUAUAGGGAUUGUUUUGUUUUUGUUUUUGUUUUUUCUAUACAUCAAUUGAUGGGUUACAUGAAUGUUAUUGUACAAUAGUGAAAAUAUAUUCAUAAUAUUUUUCUAUAUAUACACAAUUGAAUAUUAUUGAAAAACUUUUAAGAAAAAAAAACAUUUUCUUUUCUUUUUUUUCAUUCAAUUUCUCAAGUUUAACAGAAUUAUGUAGAAACUAUUCAAAAACAAAAAUUUGUUUUCUUUUUUAAUGUUGAAAAACAAAAAAAAUUGUUACUUUUUAUAAUUUUCUAAUGGGGAUAUUUUAAAAGUCAGUUUUACUUAUUUACUUACUUACACCUGUUACUCCGAAUGGAGCAUAGGCCACCGACCAGCAUUCUCCAACCCACUCUGUCCUGGGCCUUCCUUUCUAAUUUUAUCCAAUUCUUGUUCAUUUUUCUCAUGUCUGUCUUCAUUUCUUGGCGUAAUGUGUUUUUCGGUCUUCGUCUCCUUCUCUAUUGGCCUUGAGGGUUUCAUGUGAGGGCUUGUCUUGUGACGCAGUUGGGUGCUUUCCUCAACGUGUGUCCUAUUCACUUCCAGCACUUCUUCUUGAUUUCUUCCUCCGUUGGGAUCUGGUUUGUUCUUUCCUACAGUUGGUUGUUGUUGAUAGUGUCCGGCCAACGAAUCCGAAGUAUUUUGCGUUGACAUCUGUUAAUAAACACUUGUAUCUUCUGGAUGAUGGCUUUCGUAGUUCUCCAGGUUUCUGCCCUAUACAGUAGAACUGUCUUGACAUUCGUAUUGAAAAUCUAAAAGUCAGUUUUAGUUUCCAAAAAUAAAAAACAAAAAAUGAAAUGAGCAUUUAAUAAAUAGAAUUUCAUGGAUUAGUUGAAGUUACAUAUUAACAUUAUUGGAUGAUGUUGGUCAGCUCAGUGGUUUAGAGGUUAAGCGUUCGUAAAUGAGAUCGAUAGAUCCUGAGUUUGAAUCUCGCGAGGUGGGAUCAUGGAGGAGUUCCACAAAAGGACAAAAUGGUUGUUGAAUGCUUACAGGUUCUCCAUGGUGAUCUAACUUCAAUUGACUCAUGAUCUUAACUAUUGAAAUAUAAUUUUGUUUAGUUCCUAAUAUCUAUUGUUACUUUUGAUUAACAUUACAAGUUUAUGUGAGAUUUUAUCGGACGUCGGUUAACAAUCUAAUUGAACAUAUCUAUUGUAUCGAUAGUAAAUAUAUUUUUGUGAUAUCCUAAUGAGUAGAAAAUUGUGCUUCUGACGUUUCGUGACUUGUUGUAAGCCACUACUUCAAAGUAAAGUGAAAAAAACCAACAAAAGUUUAAAUUGCACAAAGGGAACAAUGCAGAACAUUGUUAGUACAAUUAAAACUAUAAUAGGUCUGAGUAUGUCAGUGUCAAGUUAUUCUUGAUCACGGUGAAUUUGUAUGACCUGAUACCGUAUUAAUUUGUGCACCAGAAUGCGGGUUUGAUAAAUGUAUGUAUUUAUAAUAUGAAGUAGAAGGGUAGAAACUGAAUGUGUGUAUAGAUUGUGUUGAAAGCAAAUAACGUCAGAUGUAGUUGUUUGGAUAAACAGUUCAGGUUGGAUGAAUAUUCAGGCCUUCUUUCCUAAUGAGUGCACAGGCAUUUAACAUAAUGUGAAACGUUUUGACUACUGGUGAGCCUUUUGCAUAUGAGUCUAAUACACAAGAUAGUGGUAGUUGGUGAAUGAAUUCUGCUUCCAGGCUGUUUAUCUUCUCAGAAUCCUGAAGCCAUUGAAUCACAUAGGUUUUGAACUAUGGUUUUCUAACUAGAAAAGAUGGGGCUUCGGUAUCCAGCAACACAGUUGAAGCUCUAAUAAUCUUUUUCCUCUCUAACUCACUUAUUCAAAAACAAUCUUGGUACAUGAAGGUAGUAAGCAGAACUUCCUUAAAAGAAAUUAUAAACUGCAGGACGCGUGUGAGUAUAUCAGGUGUGGAAAUGGAUCAUUCCUCAG